AUGCAGACGAACGCAAGCAACACAGAUAACGGUGGCAAGGGAUCGAGUGGCUUACCGAGAGAUCUCAUAUCGAGCUUCCGAAGGGGAACUAACAAGUCCAAGACGGGAUGCAUCGUAUGCAAAGUACGCCGUGUGAAAUGUGACGAAACUAAACCCCAUUGCAUUCGCUGUACAUCCACAGGACGAACCUGCGAGGGCUAUGGGAAAGCCCCAGAACGCAGGAAAUCAAAGUCUCCUCUAAAGUCGCCUUCAGGGGAGACGCCUCUCUUGAUGCCAAGGCCUCGAAUCAGAUACUCGCCUUCCACAGAUGUGCAGGCCAGCGUUGAAGAGCGGCGAAGCUUCCAUUACUUCCGGUCUCGUAAUAUGUCUGAAAUGCCUGGCAAUUUCGAGCCGUACUUCUGGGAUCAUAUCGUUCUCCAAUUUAGCCACAAGUACCCAACCAUCUUGCAAGCAUUGGUUGCGUUGAGCGCCAUAUAUGAAGAGCAUGAGCAGGGCACCCCAGGUCCUGUGAGCAAAUCAGCCGACAGUUAUGCACUCCAGCAGUACAACAAGGCUGUGAAAGACCUGAUGGGGUAUCUCGGAUCAGAGGGCCAGGAUAUGAAAGUAGCUUUGACAGCGUGUCUGAUAUUUGUUUGGAUCGAAUUCUUGCAGGACGAUCUCAAUUCGGGUUUUCAACAUUUGAGCUGCGGCUUGAAGAUCUUGCGUGAUUGUAUUGGAAUCCAAGACAGAGAUUCAGAGGAUAUUUUCGGGUCACUUGAUCGGUCAUUCACGCGCCUGCGGAUCCAAGCGGCUGUUCACGGAGCUCAAGAAUCACAAUUCACCACAACGACAACCAGAGAACUAGAGAUAUUGGAACCAAUACCGCACUCGUUCUCCAACGUCUUCGAAUCUCGAAAUGUCCUGGACAAAGAACUGAAUGCCAUUUUUGGAUAUAUCCGAGCUCUUCAAGAGGCAGAUUACUAUGCCGGUGUAGACAUGUCGAUAUUUGUCGACAUCCGGAGAGGGCAUUUGGAACGACUUGAACAGUGGCACAUCGCAACAAUGCACUUGGUAGCGAGCCUGGAAUCGAAGAAUGACCAAAGCCAGGCCUCUGGUAUCUUGUAUCUUCAAUUGUACUAUACGAUGGUAAACAUCAUAUGGAAGGCUGAGUUCGCUGGAUCCGAAAUGGUGUUCGAUGCCUAUACUGCGGAGUUCGAAACGAUGACCACGAUUGCGUCGAGCCUUAUGGACAAUCCGAACUGUACCACGCCACGGGUUUUGUCUUUUGAUAUGGGAAUCAUCCCUCCCCUCUUCCUUCUGUGUGUCAAGUGUCGGAUACUGAGGAUUCGAAGGCAAGCGAUAGCAUUGCUGAAACGCGCGCCUGAGAGAGAGGGAAUUUGGCAUCGUGACAGUAUGGUAAGAUACAGCGAAUGGAAGACGAUGACCGAAGAACAGUGGCGCGAUGGGUUAUCAGAAGAUGAACCAUUGCCUGAGUUUGGCAGAAUAUAUGCGGAACAUAUUCCUCAGACAGGUGAGCCGUCUAUGCCUGGUAGUGAAGGACAGCCUAUACGUAUAAGCUUCAAAAGAGGGCCUGUGGGACUUGACAUACAGGACACGAUCGAGAUACCAGAUGGCUCGGAGAUGCUAAGGCACAUGGGAAAUAUGCUCUGA